AUGUGGAACUUUUGGUUUGCUGCGUUCUUUGGCGCUGGUUAUACCUCGCAAACUGUCCUCCGACCGGAGCCCUCCCGGUCAGCAUCGGACUUCACCAUUUUUCGGAGUUCCAAUUCACCUCAUACAGUACGUAUCCGGCAACAAGACGAGUCCAUCUGUGCUGCAGGGUCUGCACAGUACACAGGAUGGUUGGAUAUUGGCCCAAAACACCUGUUCUUCUGGUACUUCGAAAGCCAGAAUGACCCCGUUGGCGAUCCACUCACGCUGUGGAUGAACGGUGGGCCUGGGAGCUCCAGUAUGCUGGGAUUGUUCAUGGAGAAUGGACCAUGUCUUGUGAAUGAGCACGGAAAUGGAACUGUUCACAAUCCCUGGGGAUGGUCUCGGAACUCCUCGUUACUUUUUGUCGACCAGCCAGCCGAUGUGGGCUUCUCCUAUGUUGACGAGGGUUACGAGGUCGCCCGAGACUCCCAAGAAGCUGCGGUCGAUAUGCACCGUUUCCUCCAAAUAUUUGUAUCUGAGAUCUUCCCCCACAAGCAAUCCUCGCCUGUUCAUCUAUCCGGUGAAUCUUAUGCAGGCCAAUACAUCCCUUACCUCGGAGCUCAGAUCUUAACUCAUAAUGAACAAUAUCCUUCAGAGCCUCAGAUCAAUCUCAAGUCAUGCCUAGUAGGCAAUGGCUUCAUGUCACCCAAAGAUGUUGUCUUUGGGUACUGGGAGACGCUUUGCUCGACCAAUCCUGGCGUUUCUGAGCCGGUGUUUAAUCAAACCCGAUGCGAUAUUAUUGCCGAAAAUAUGCCGCGAUGCAUGGAUGUCUUUGAUACUUGCAUGGAACAUCCUGAUGUUGAUAUUUGCACGACUGCAUAUUCUGUUUGUUAUAAAGGAAUCGUCGGGUUGUACGAAGAUGAGAGCAAAAAGGGAGGUAGAAACCGGUUCGACAUCACGGCCCCGUGCGAUGUGGACGAAAUGUGCUACAAGGACGCAGAGUACACCGAGCAAUAUCUGAAUUCAGCUCCGGUCUGGAAAGCCCUCUCGCCGCCAGAGGGGGUCAAGGAGUACAAAAUGGAAUCAAAGGCCGUGGUUGAUGCCUUUGCAACAACCCCAGAAAGCAUGACAUCGGCUUCCGAGCACAUUGUCUUUCUGCUUGCUCAUGGGGUACAUUUCUUGGCCUACCAAGGGAAUCUUGACUUAGCCUGCAACACGGCAGGAGCCCUUCGGUGGGCUAACUCGCUUGUCUGGAAAGGGCAAACGGAGUUUACAUCAAAACCGCUGCUCCCUUGGACUUCAGACUUAGGAAACGGGCACAUAGUCGGAACCGCGAAAGAGGUACGAGUCAAGAUGGAUAGCCAAACAACGUCGCGCUUUGCAUUUGUGACCGUGGAUGGGGCGGGUCAUUUGGUGAGUCUGACAGCAGAAUCUUUAACCUGGGCGUAUGCUUACUUUCAUGACAGCUUCCCCGAAACCGUCCAGAGGUCGCUUAUGAGAUACUAA